CACUGGGAAUUCCAUGCUUAAGCUCGUUUACAAAUUGCUUUAAUUGUUACUGUAGAAAAUGGGAGUACCUGUAAUAUAUACACAGAAGGAAAAUUAAAGUAAGGACUUUUUAACUCCUCAUUGAAAACAAUGCAAUAAAAAUGGAGUAUAAAUAUGGAAAUUGCAUUCAUCACAAUAAAUGUUUAUAUAAUGAACUUAGUGUACAAAUGGGUUUUGAAGAAUCUAUUCAAAUGAGACGAAAAGUCAAAGAAUUCGAAGUAAAGAGGAAGGAUUUUCUUUCCAUUUAUCAUCCAUAUCUCGAAACGAUCUGUACCGGAAGUGUUGCCGAAGGAUUCCGACACGGACGAACUGAUCGUGAUUAUAUGAAGGUACUUAAAGACGUAAACAUUCACCAUUCAAAUAUGGAAAUAUUGUAUUCAAGAGAGGGAAAUAAUUCUGAUAAAAAGUUAUCUCUUAUAAUAAGUCAUGAGACCAAUUAUGCGAAGGAAGGGUAUGUGUUGCUUAAAUUUCAAAACAGCGGAGAGGGUACUUUUAAAGAGCAUGCUGAGUGCAUCCAAUCUGCCUUAAUUGGUACCUAUGUUUCUAGCCAUAGAUUUAAAAAAUGGUGGAAAGAGAGAAGCGAAGAUCCGAAUGCUAAUUUCGUUAUACACGGUCCAUGCAUUUCCAUGACUGGGCUAUCAUCUGAUCAAGAUAUUGCAUUCUCACUGGAAUGUCCAUUUUGGCCCCCACAGGCAAAGGAAUGGGUCAAAAGACCAAGACUUUGGCCAUCAAAACAAUUGGUUAGAGAAAUAGAGCUAGACGGAUGUCACCUCGUCCCCCUGGGUCCAGUUAAAGACGUGGAAGACGAUCUCUUAUGGAGACUGUCUUUUAACAAAGCAGAGAAGAGGCUGAUGUUUGCGUUCAAUCAAACACAAUUUCUAUGCUAUGGUCUCUUCAAAAUUGUUCUGAAAGAAUGUAUCGAAAAAAUAGACACCUACCCGGAAAACUCACUCUGUUCAUAUUUCAUAAAAACUUUGAUGUUUUGGGUCAUUGAAGAGACGGCUCCAGAACUCUGGCGCCCAGACAACAUAGUCAUUUGUUUUUUGAUGUGCUUGUUGCGUUUAACCCUUUGGAUAAAAAAUGAAAGCUGUCCCAAUUUUUUCAUUCCCGAGAGAAAUAUGUUCAAAUCAAAGGUUUACGGUCAAACAAAAAUGCAACUUAAAGAAACAUUGAAAACUGUGUUUAAAUUGGGUUUGUGGAAUUGUUUUGCUAAAUGCGAGAAACGCAUACAUAUUUUUACCCAUCAUAAAGAUAUCAUUAUUCCAUGUCUGAGGUCAUACUUUGUUGACCAGUCCUAUUUGAGAGAAUUUAGAGUGCUGUCUUCUUCUUUCCUGAUUGAUGACCUGAGUCAAUUCAGCAAAGUGGAGAACCCAAAUCUUGAGAAUUUAUCAGAACUUGAGAUCGAAUUUGUCACUUGUCAGCGUUUAUCAAUGUUUCAAAGAGAGGCGCUGAAAGCACGGACCCACGAGGAACAAGUUGAAUAUUUCACCAAGGCAAAAGAACUGGAUUUAACGCGUGGCCCAUUGAUGCUCGCCACGUGUUUUUAUGGUGUUGGGAAUUUCUUUCAAGUCAGUGAAAUAAUACAACAAAUUAAAACAAGAUUGAAUUUAUUUACAUUCUAUGCAGGAAUAAAUUCAGCUGAUAUUAUUAAAUUUCACGAGAUACUAGAUGUAUAUGGCUUUUCAGCUCAAAGAUUUUCUCUACGGCAGAAACGUGAGAUGCUUUUAGCUAUGGAUAUCAUCAUCCGGAGAGAGAUCAUAUGGGACGAGAAAGGCGAUUACAGAGCGAGACCUAACACGGAGAACACACCAUGCGAACUUCGAUUUGACAUUUUGUUUCAAAGAAAAACUUUGGUAAUUCACCCUCUCGUAUACUUACAUUUUCUGAACUUUUUGUGUCAAAAACAUCUU